CUUAAUUUCAUUGAGUUGUUCGAUUGAAAUCUAACAAUGAGUGAGAAGCAAUUUUCCCCUUGCACCUAAGAACCGAACCCAUAAUUUUCUUUUUUACCGACGAUACAGCUGACGCCUUGAGAUUGCGAAGGCAAAAAUCGUAAACAAAAGUUUGAAUUCCAACGAACGCUAUUGUCAUAAUUGCAAAAUACUGAAAAAUUCUAUUAUACCUGUGUUGGAAAAACCCUAUCAAAACAAUUGUACAGCAUAACCUAAAAAUGUCAGAAGUUAUGAACUGCAACUGUGCUGGCAAAAAUCAGUGUAAAGACAACAAAACAGAGGAGGAAUUACUCGAUGAAAUCAAAGAAGCCAAUAUUAAGUUUAACGAGAAAGUAAUUGAGAAUGAUAACUACCAACAAGAGAUACAUGAACUACGUCACAAGCUAAAAGCUUGUAUCGCAACACAGGCAGAACUUUCCGAAGCUAACGAGUUAAUGGAAGAUAAUUACAACAAAGAAAAAGUGUUGAGAGAAAAAAAAAUAAACAAUCUAACAGAAAAAUUUGCUAUGGAGAAAAAAGGAUAUGAAGAACAGAUCUUGGCAAUGGAGUUAGAACUAACUUGUAUACAAAAGAGUAAUGCAGAGUUGAGAGAAACACUGACAGUAACAGAAAAACUUGUCAAGGCAUCAACAACUAAUGAUCCAACAAAAGAUCAGGAGAUGUUAAAUUUGAAAGAGAAAAUCAUAAGUCUGAAUGCAGAAUUGGAGCAACAGUUUAUUUCUGGAAGAGAAUUAUUAGUGAAGCAACAACAUAUGGAGGAAACCAUCAAUACUCUUCAAAAAAAUUAUAAUGAGGUUCAAGAUAUAUUGGAGGCAAAAAAAGCUGAUUUGGCAUCCCUGACUGAAGUCUUGCGAACUACAAGAGAUGAGCUCAUCAUCUGCCGAUCUGAACUUGAGUCACUGAGGACGGUGCCUGCUAGUGUUUCUGUUAAGGGUAAUUCACUGUUUGCUGAAGUAGAAGAUAGUCGGCGAGACUUGCUUCACGAUAUGACUAUCUUGAGAAAAAAAUAUAUACACAUGAAACAGACAUAUGGAGCAAAAGAGGACGAGAUCAAAGUAUUGAAGGCUGAAAGGGCAACAUUGCUCAGAAAAUGGGAAUAUGAGAAUGAGCAAACAGUUGAUCAUGGUGCUCAAUUGAUGAACACAUAUAAAAUGAGAAUAUCAGAGCUGGAGAACAAAUUGAAAAUUACAGAGAAACAAUUGAAAUCGAUGGACCACAACAACGUACCAACUAGCAAUAGCUUUAGCUACUUGCAAUCGCUUUUAACAACUAAGAAAAAAGAGGUGGAAGAGCUGCUGAACAAAUUGGAGGAGCGUUCAACUCAAAAAAUUUUGGAUGAAGAAAUUAAAUAUGAAACUGAAAAAGAAUUGAGAAAAUGGAGGUACAAGGCCAUGUCUUACAAGGCCCAGUUGCUGGCAACAAAAACUGAAACGAAAUGUGAAGCACCAAAGGAAAUUGAACUGGACUGCAGCACUGCCGAUGCUGAUCUUUCAAGUAACAUGGACCUGACUGUUUGCCAAUCAACUGAAAUUAUGACACCUAGUUUGCCAGCGAUACCACUCAAGAAGACCGCAGAUGAAUUAGUACAAGUCCUACAAGGCUCAGGGCACGAGCAGAAUAUGGAAGAUCAUAAAAAUAUCAUCGGUGGCUUUGAUGACUCUAAAGAUCUACCACAGAAUCUAAUCUUUGGGCAAUCAAGUACUGAUUUUAAGUACCAAUCAAAUAAAGAAAACAUCACGGGCCCUUCUGGUGCAAAUGACAGCAACCUAAAGUCUGCUCUUCCAACAUCAGGGACCAAAAAUUUAAGCCCAAAGAAUCGGGAUAAGACUAAGAAAACAUUAAGAUUCACAAGUGAUACUGUGGAUCCUCAAACCAGCAAAUUAGUGAGGCAGAAGGCUGAGAAAAAAUCAUAUCCUGUCGUUUUUAUUUCAAACCAAUUGGACCAAUGAUAUCCCAUGAAACAGGUGAUUUUUAUGACUAAUCAUUAUAUUUUUAAGAAUUUUGUACUGCGAAAAUUGGGUGAACCAACAUUGAUAAUAAAGCAACAUUCCAU